AUGUGAGACAUUCUGACCAAUCAGACUUUGAGGUGUCACACUUUCACUUCCUCUUCCCCCGGGCAUGGAAGCCGAGAGCUAGCAUCACUUUGCCUGUUAGCAAACAUUCACGCACCUCUCGUGAGCACAGCCACGCACAAAAUACUCACCAUGGCUUCUCGAGCAGGUCCGAGAGCAGCAGGCACGGACGGCAGUGACUUUCAGCACCGGGAGCGGGUUGCCUCACACUACCAGAUGAGCGUCGCCUUGAAGUCUGAAGUCCGUAAACUCAACAUUGUCCAUGUCCUGAUCUGGGUUCUGAUGGCAGCUCAGGUAACUGUGAGCCAGCUGAGCCUGGUGUCCCACAAGGUGGUGGCCUCGCCCUACCAGUGGGAGUACCCUUACCUCCUGAGCAUAAUUCCCACAGUCUUUAGCUUCUUGGCGUUGCCUCGCAACAACAUCAGCUACCUGGUGAUUUCUAUGAUCAGCGGCGGGCUUUUUUGCGUGGCCCCACUGAUCUACGGCAGCAUGGAGAUGUUCCCAGUGGCACAGCAGCUGUAUCGUCACGGCAAAGCGUACCGCUUCAUCUUUGGCUUCUCCGCAGUGUCGGUCAUGUACCUGGUGAUCGUAAUAGCUGUGCAGGUGCACGGCUGGCAGAUCUACUACAGCAAGAAGCUGCUGGACCAGUGGUUCACCUCCACACAGGAGAAGAAGAAGAAAUGAGUUCUUUAAAGUUGGAUUGAACCUAGAGACUCAAAUGUAAAGUUGUCCUUUUCCAACUUUUUCUGGAUUUGUAUUUGACAUUUGCUGUUUGAAAAUUUGUCCUCAGACAGCCCGUGAAUGCUGCCAUCACUUUGUACCUGAAUACGUCUGGCAUUUCAUGAUUAACAAGAACAAACUGUUAAAGUGUUGAGUUUAUCGCCUGUACUUGAUUAUUUGAUGAACUGACAUUGGGAGAACUGGAUGAAGAAUGUGUAAGUUAAUGUUUGAGACAAAUAAACCUGAAUAUCAGCCAGUUGUGAUUAUAUGCGAGUUUGACAUAUCUACCUCUUCAGUCGUUUGAUUUUUACUUGGGUGAGCCAUCACGUGCGGCUUGUGAAACAAAUGAUUAAGAUAUUUGGGUGCAAGUUCGUAAAAUCAAAUAGUUGGAAACAAACAAGUUGAGGUUUUAACCUCUUGAUAUUCUGGUAAAAUUGUCAAUCCAUUCGCCUAAAACGCCUAUGUAAGGCAUACCCAAAGUAAAUUGAAAGUUAUUCUUGAACCACAUGCAUGGUUUUCGUCUCUUUUGAAAGGUAACACUCUGAAUUUGUUUCCCCCAACACUCAGAAUCACUGUAAGUGCUACUGGCAUUGAGUAAUAAAAGUUGGAACACA